UUCAUCCACUAGAGGGUGCUGUAUUUCUAGUUAAAACAAUAGUCCGCUGUGCUGCCUGGGCUGUCUGGCUGGGGAGAGGAAGACAAGGCGUCAACAGAGAAGGCAUGCAGAUACGGUUGGAAAUGCAACGUUUGGCAUUACUCAUUUAACUGUCUAAAUGUGUCUGUCAUUAAAUUCAAACCUGUUUCGUGUGGAUAUUUAGGUUCAGGUGACGCCGGACAAGACAGAACGUCGGGGCUGUGGCACAGCAGUGGCACUGAGCGAUUAUAGCAGUGCUUUCCGUGUAGCCCUGCUGUUCUCAACCCAGAACAAUUUGACAGCUCGUGCGGUAAACGUGCAGUGGGAAGCCAGUAGACCAAUUUGUUGCCUUUUACAAUGGCAGGAUAAUGUUGGAGAAUAACUGGGAGGCAUAGCACUCUCUGAUGUGAUUACGCACGCCCAUAACACCGGCGUGGAAACUCGCUGUUUGCAAUUUACGGGAAUAACUUAACUUGAGUGCAUAGGCUUCAAUGUCUCUCCGUCGCUUCUCGGGGGUCUCCGGCUUUGCUGGUGGGGGCGCCGUGAUGGAAACAUCCGGGGCUGUGGAAGGCGGCAGAGAACUGUUCGAGGCCUGUCGAAACGGAGAUGUGGAGCGAGUGAAAAAGCUCGUCAAUCUGGAUAAUGUAAAUAGCCGCGACACAGCGGGCAGAAAAUCCACCCCUCUCCACUUUGCCGCAGGCUUUGGUCGCAGAGACGUGGUGGAGUUCCUCCUGCAGAACAGGGCGGAUGUGCAUGCCCGUGACGACGGGGGUCUCAUCUCCCUGCACAACGCCUGCUCGUUCGGUCACGGUGAGGUCGUGAGGCUGCUCCUCCAUCACGGAGCAGAUGCCAACUCCAGAGACAACUGGAACUACACCCCGCUCCAUGAAGCUGCCAUCAAGGGCAAGAUCGACGUGUGCAUAAUGCUGCUUCAGCAUGGGGCUGAGCCGACCAUAAGAAACACUGACGGGAGGACAGCACUGGACCUGGCUGACCCAUCUACUAAGGCUGUGCUCACAGGUGACUACAGAAAGGAUGAACUCCUGGAGAGUGCCAGGUGUGGAAAUGAGGAGAAACUGAUGACGCUGCUUACGCCUCUGAAUGUCAACUGCCAUGCCAGUGAUGGGAGGAAGUCGACUCCACUGCAUCUGGCUGCGGGCUACAACCGCGUGAAGACAGUCCAGCUACUGCUUCAGCACGGGGCUGACGUCCACGCUAAAGAUAAAGGUGAUCUGGUGCCUCUUCAUAAUGCCUGCUCUUACGGACACUAUGAAGUGACGGAGCUGCUGGUGAAGCAUGGGGCCUGCGUAAAUGCCAUGGACCUGUGGCAGUUCACUCCGCUGCAUGAGGCCGCCUCUAAGAACCGCAUCGAGGUCUGCUCCCUGUUGGUGAGUUACGGCGCUGACCCCACCUUCCUCAACUGCCACAACAAGAGCGCCAUUGACCUGGCUCCCACCAGUCAGCUCAUGGAGCGCUUAGCAUACGAGUUCCGUGGGCACGCCUUGCUGCACGCGGCUCGGGAAGCAGACCUGGCGCGCCUCAAGAAGCACCUCUCCCUGGAGACCGUCAAUUUCAAGCACCCCCAGACCCACGAAACCGCCCUGCAUUGUGCAUCAGCAUCACCCUACCCCAAAAGAAAACAGAUCUGUGAACUCCUGCUGAGGAAAGGAGCCGGUGUGAACGACAAGACAAAAGACCUCCUGACUCCUCUCCACCUGGCUGCAGAGAAGUCUCAUAAUGACGUGAUCGAGGUGCUGGUGAAGCAUGGGGCGAAAGUGAAUGCCGUGGAUCCCCUGGGCCAGACGGCUCUGCACCGGGCAGCUCACUGCGGCCACCUGCAGACAUGUCGUCUGUUGCUUGGCGCCGGCUGUGACCCUCUACUGACCUCACGGCAGGGCUUCUCUCCCUCCCAGCUGGGAUCACACAGUGUCCAGGAGGUGCUGCAAGAGGGAAUUUUGGUGGAGAGCUCAGACACAGACUGGCAGCUUCUGGAAGCUUCUAAAUCAGGAGACCUGGAUGUAGUAAAGAAGCUGUGCACGCUGCAGAAUGUGAACUGCAGGGAUGUGGAGGGCAGGCAGUCCACCCCUCUGCACUUUGCCGCCGGCUACAACAGGGUGGGCGUCGUGGAAUACCUGCUGCAGCAUGGGGCCGACGUACACGCCAAAGACAAAGGUGGUCUGGUGCCCCUGCACAACGCCUGCUCCUAUGGGCACUACGAGGUGGCCGAGCUGCUGGUCAUCCACGGCGCCGUGGUCAAUGUGGCCGACCUGUGGAAGUUUACGCCGCUGCAUGAGGCUGCCGCCAAGGGCAAAUACGAGAUCUGCAAACUAUUGCUGCAGCAUGGUGCAGACCCAACCAAGAAGAACAGAGACGGGAACACGGCUCUGGACCUGGUGAAGGACGGGGACACGGACAUCCAGGACCUGCUGCGGGGCGACGCCGCACUGCUGGACGCCGCCAAGAAGGGCUGCCUGGCCCGCAUCAAGAAGCUGUGCACCCAGGCCAACGUCAACUGCAGGGACACACAGGGACGCCACUCCACUCCGCUGCACCUUGCUGCGGGCUACAACAACCUGGAGGUGGCAGAGUAUCUCCUGCAGCACGGAGCUGACGUGAACUCACAGGACAAAGGAGGCCUGAUACCCCUACAUAAUGCUGCCUCAUAUGGGCACGUUGACGUGGCAGCGCUGCUCAUCCGCUACCACGCGUGUGUGAACGCCAGCGACAAGUGGGCCUUCACGCCGCUUCACGAGGCAGCGCAGAAGGGCCGCACGCAGCUGUGCGCGCUCCUGCUCGCCCAUGGCGCCGACCCCACGCUCCGCAACCAGGAGGGACAGUCGCCGCUCGAACUCGUCACGGUAUCCCACAAUCCCACCCUCUUCUCUCGCCGUGCUGUCUCAGCAUCAGUGGCUGAUGACGUCCGGGCACUGCUGACUGCCGCCAUGCCCCCGUCAGCACUGCCCGCCUGCUACAAGCCGCAGGUCAUCAGCGUGCCUGCCUCUGUUGGCACUGUGCCCCCCGCCCUCUCCUCCAGCGCCCCUGCAUGCCCGGUGCCUUCCACCGUAGCCUUGGAUGCCCAGGGCUCAGGCUUCCCUGAGCUGCCCUCCCUGCUGGCACCCUCAGGGGCAGAUGGGGCUGCAUAUGUGGAGAAGAAAGAGGAAGACGCUGGAAUGGACCUGAGCAUCAGCCAGUUCCUACACAACUUGGGCCUGGAGCACCUGCUGGAGAUCUUCGAUCGGGAGCAGAUCACUCUGGACGUGCUAGUGGAGAUGGGCCACAAGGAGCUGAAGGAGAUCGGCAUCAACGCAUACGGCCACCGCCACAAGAUCAUCAAGGCUGUGGAGAGACUGCUGAGCGGACCACAGAGUCUAAACCCAUAUCUGCCUCUGAACACAGCCAACAGUGGGACCAUCCUCAUAGACCUGGCAGCAGACGACAAAGAAUUCCAGUCAGUGGAGGAAGAGAUGCAGAGCACCAUUAGAGAGCAUAGGGAUGGUGGACAUGCAGGAGGGGUCUUCAGCAGGUACAACAUAGUGAAGAUCCAGAAGGUGUGUAAUAAGAAGCUGUGGGAACGCUACACCCACCGCAGGAAGGAGGUGUCUGAGGAGAACCACAACCACUCCAACGAGCGCAUGCUCUUCCACGGCUCACCGUUCGUGAACGCUAUCAUCCACAAGGGCUUUGAUGAGCGGCAUGCAUACAUCGGGGGCAUGUUCGGCGCGGGCAUCUACUUUGCGGAGAACUCCUCCAAGAGCAACCAGUAUGUUUACGGCAUUGGGGGUGGCACUGGAUGCCCCCUGCACAAGGACAGAUCCUGCUACAUCUGCCAGAGACAUCUCCUGUUCUGUCGGGUGACCCUGGGGAAGUCCUUCCUGCAGUUCAGUGCCAUGAAGAUGGCCCACUCUCCUCCAGGGCAUCACUCCGUCACGGGCAGGCCCAGCGUCAACGGCCUGGCCCUGGCCGAGUACGUCAUCUACAGAGGAGAGCAGGCCUAUCCCGAGUAUUUAAUCACCUACCAGAUCCUGAAGCAAGAGUCAGCAGCAGACUGAAUGUUCUUGAGAUGAAUAGAAAGGAGGGUAAGGGCUGGGGGGGGGGGGGGGCAGCUAACAGGAUCAACCACCCCCCUUCUGCCCUCAGCUCUGCAGCUUUACCACCGACAACCUGGCGCACACCUCUCUACACCAACAGCACCCCAUCACAUGGCUAACUCGGUACCCGACAGUAUUCUCCUCUUGUGCCCACCACCAUAAACUGUGACUCCUGUGUAACAAUGCAUCGAGGCUCUCAGGGUUAGACUCUCUGAACAGCAGUCGGUACACACCAGUGACACUUCUUUGAACUCCUUGGCUGCUUCUUAGAAUUUGUUUCUAAUGCCGCUUUCACAUGGCUGCAUAUUUUCAGCUCCGAAAUGGCUGGCAGUAACUCAGUCCCUAAUGAGGAUUCACAGGCCGCAUGUAAAGGGGUCUGAACAAGUAUGCGAAUCCAACAGAGGUGGAAAGUGUCCAACAGAAGAGUGCGUUGCUAUGGUCAUAGUUGGCCCCACAAGACUU